UGGUCUACCAUGCUGGAGUCAAGGCGGCUAUGGGCUCCGCUUCAGGGAGCUGUGAGGAGAGCAGCGGAACGUGUUCGGAAUCCGCCAUGGAUGCAGUGACCUAUGAGGAUGUGCAUGUGAACUUCACUCCUGAAGAGUGGGCUUUGCUGAAUUCUUCCCAGAAGAAUCUCUACAAAGAUGUGAUGCUGGAAACCUACUUGAACCUCACUUGUAUAGGUUACAAAUGGGAAGACCACAAUAUUGAAGAACAUUGUCAAAGUUCUAGAAGACAUGGAAGGCAUAUCAACUGUCCCUCUGGAUACAAGCCAUGUGAGCAUAAGGGAUAUGGAAAGAAGCAAUAUACCUCUGUUUCUCCCAGAAUAAUUAGAAGAUAUAUUGUAGUCACUACUAUGAGAAGACAUGAUGACUGUAAUACAAGUUUAUACUCUAACAUUGGAGAAAAGCCUUAUAAGUACAAGGAGUGUGGAAAUUCAUCUGUUUGUACUAGUUCACUUUGCACAUGUAGUGUGAUUCGCAGUAUAAAAAAAUGUCAUGCGUAUAAUCAGUGUGGUAAAACUCUGAGUUCUUCCAGUUCUUUUCAACGACUUGAAGAAGCUCAUAUGGGAAGAGGAAGUAAUAAAUGUGAGCUUUGUACUAAAGAUUUUAGCCAUCACAAUUUUCUUCAAACACACAAAACAACCACUAAUGAAGAUCUCUAUGAAUGCAAUCAACACGAUAAAGCCUUUAGAUAUGAUUCCUCCUUAAAAGUACACCAAAGAACUCAUUUGGAAGGAAAACCCUAUGAAUGUAAUCAAAGUGAUAAAAUGUCUGCAUGUCACAGUAUUUAUCAACUACACAGAAUUCAUACUAGAGUGAACAAGUAUGCAUAUCAGCAAUGUGAUAAAGACUUUGCAAGUCCUAGUUAUCUUCAUAUAUAUAAAAGAAUUCAUACUGGAGAGAAACCCUAUGAAUGUACUCAAUGUGAUAAAGCCUUUGCAUCUCCCAGAUAUCUUCAAGUACAUAAAAGAAUUCAUACUGGAGAGAAACCCUAUGAAUGUAAUCAGUGUGGUAAAGCCUUUGCGAGGAAGAGCCAUCUGCAUAAGCAUGAAAGAAUUCAUACUGGAGAGAAACACUAUGAAUGUGAUCAAUGUGGUAAAGCCUUUGUACAGAAGAAUAGUCUUCAAAGGCAUGAAAGAAUUCAUACUGGAGAGAAACCCUAUGAAUGUACUCAGUGUGAUAAAACUUUUGCCUGUCCCAGUUAUCUUCAAAUACAUAAAAAAAUUCAUACUGGAGUAAAACCCUAUGAAUGUAAUCAAUGUGGUAAAGCCUUUGCAAGGAAGAGUCACCUUCUCCGUCAUAAAAGAAGUCAUACUGGAGAGAAACCCUAUGAAUGUAAUCAAUGUGGCAAAGCCUUUGCAAGGAAGAGUCACCUUCUCCGUCAUAAAAGAAGUCAUACUGGAGAGAAACCCUAUGAAUGUAUUCAAUGUGGUAAAGCCUUUAUACAGAAGAGUCAUCUUCUCACACAUGGAAGAAUUCAUACUGGAGAGAAACCUUAUGAAUGUAAUUAAUGUGGUAUAGGUUCCUCAUCUUGCAGUCUUCAAAGGCAUGAAAGGUUUCAUACUGGAGAGAGACCCUAUGAAUGUCAUCAAUAUGAUAAAGCAUUGCACAUGAAAGUCAUUUUCACAGGCAUAGAAGAUGUCAUACUAGAGAGAAACAAUAUGGAUAUGAUCAGUGUGACAGGGACUUCCCAUGUAACAGUCACCUUCAAAUGAAAGAAAGUACUCCUACUGGGGAUAAACCCUAUAAAUGUAAUAAAUGUGGUAAAGACUUUGCACAGAACAGUCAUCUUCACAGUCAUGAAAGGAAUCAUACCCAACAAAAGCCCUAUGAAUAUAACCAGUGUGGUAAAAUCUUUGCAUGUUUCAGUAUACUUCAAAAUCAUGAAAAAAUUCACAGUGGUGAAAAUCUCCAUGAACCUAAUAAAUGAGGUCAAGCCUUGCAGUCCACAUACUUCUUUUUCCCACUGAGCAUUAUCACCAGUCUUCAGUAAGAUUAGUAGAGCCAGCCGGGUGGUGGUGGCACAUGCCUUUAAUCCCAGCACUCGGGAGGCAAAGGCAGGCUGAUCUCUGUGAGUUCAAGGCCAGCCUGGGCUACAGAUUGAGAUCCAGGAAAGGUGCAAAGCUACACAGAGAAACCCUGUCUCGAAAAAACC